GUUGGUUCUAGCAACAUGGAGGAUGAUGUCAGCUUGAAGUUCCGUCAGCAGCUUCUGCUCAUUGAUGAAAAUCUGGUGGCUGAAGAUGUAGCAGCUUUAAAAUUUCUCUGUACUGACUUGCUUCCCUUGAGAAAACUAGAAAGUGUGAGGUCAGCAGUGGACAUCUUUCAGCUUCUCAUGGCUGAAGAAUACCUGCAUGAGGAAGAUACUUUCCUACUAGCUGAACUCUUAUACAGAAUUAAAUGUCACUCCUUGCUCAGGAAACUUGGUUAUACAAAGGAGAAAGUGCAAGAAUGUCUGCAUGUGAAGGGAAGAGUGUCUCUGUACAGGCAGAUGCUGUAUGAAUUGUCAGAGAACAUUACCAAUGAGAUGUUGAAUGAUAUCAUAUUCCUCCUGCAAAACUAUCUUCCAAAGCGACGGAUAACUCUUUCUGCUCUGGAAUUGCUGAUUUUAUUGGAAAAACAGGGCCUUUUAACUGAAAGCAAUGUACAGAUGCUGGAGGAAGUCUGUAUGAAUGUUUCACCUGAUCUCCUGGAAACAGUAAACUGCUACAAAAGGGCAAAAGUGUCUCUGCCUCAGCAGGAGAACACUUUGCCAGUCGAGGAAUCUUCACUGUCUCACAUUCGAAACAUCAGAGUAUUCAAUUCCCCACAGGAGACCUCGAUCAAAUCUGUCAGUUUUAACAUUAAUGAUAACAAAGCAGCUGAUCUUAGACAGUGCUUCUCUGAAAUGACCCUGGAGCUGCCUGGAGAAUACAGCAAUGUAGAAAAUGAAUCUAAG